GCAUUUUCCCGCUUCUGUCGCCAUUAAUCAAGAGGUUAGCGAUGAAAGACCAGGAACUUUAACCUCUUUCUGAAUGUGAAAACAUUAUCUUGAAAAUUAUGGCAAGAUAUUCUAGUGAAUCAGAUUCAGAUUAUAGUAGUAGAUACCGGAAAAGACGAAAUCGAAGAUCAAGAUCUAGUGGUUCAAAUUCUAGUGAUUCCUCACCUCAUCGAAGGAGACUAUCAAAGCAUUCAAAAACAAAACGUAGACACCGUUCAAAUUCAAGAAGUAGAGGGAGAGAUCGGAAUUCAAAGAAUUAUAGAGGAUCCAGGAGUAGUCGCUCCAGGGACCGAGAUAAAAGGCGUUACCGCUGUAGUACAGGUAGAUCUCAUUCUUCCGACCGUUCCAAGAGAAAAGCUAGAUCCACUUCAAGAGAAAAAUCACGAAGCCCUUCAAGUAGCUCACAAUCAAAUCAAGCAAAAAUUAAUGUUGAGAAAAGCCAAGUUAUAAUAGCAAAAGAUGACUUUUCCAUUGAACCACGUUUCAAGGAAGGUGUACUUGAUGAAAUUAAUGCAGAAGGUUUUACUCCAAAACAGUUCACUUCCUCUACUACCAAAGAGAGCAAAUUUAAAAACAUUGUUAUAGAUAUCAGUUCAGACACUAUACAGAUUCCGCCAGCACCUAAUGUCUCUAGUGGAUUAGAAAGCAUAUUUCACACAUCGAUCACGUUGGAUCAAGAAGCAAGAUUUGAGAAGUGGGUGAAAAAACUCUAUACUCUGAGACAGAAAGCUAUAGCUGAUUUAACACAUACAAAUGUUACUUGAUAAGCACAUACGGUUUCAUUUUAGUCUUUUAAAAUAAUUUUUAGAUAUUAAGUUCUCUUAUUAAAUUAUCGGCUACAUUUUGCAAACUAUAAAAAAAAGGUGUUAAAAUAUUUU